AUGUCCCAGCUCCAGGACAACACCGGUGGCAUCGUCGCUGCUUUUUACACGGGCACCCAAAACUGCAGCCCCCUGAGCAGGGAGGAGCUGAGGCAGCUCAUGGAGCAGGAGUUUGGGGAUGCCCUGGAGAACCCCCAGGACCCCCAGAGCAUCCAGAAGGUUCUGUGCUUCCUGGCUGAUGAGAACAACUGCAGGGUCGGCUUCAGGGAGCUGCUCAGGCUGGUUUUCCACGUGGCCAAGGCUUGUUACAAACCCCUCCAGCAGCACCAGGAGCUGGGAGAUGGGCCAGGGCUGAGGGGACACGCAGAGGGGAGGGUCCCCCCCAGCCAGCAGGUCCCUGAGCAUGGUGGGGACAACCAGGACCAGGACAUGGGGACACAGGACCAGGACACCCCCCAAAGCCGGGAGGGUGAGACCCCAGAGCAGGACAGCCCUCAAAUCCAAGAGGGUGAGACCCCAGAGCAGGACACCCCCCAAAUCCAAGAGGGUGAGACCCCAGAGCAGGCCCCAUCAGAGGACCCAGAGCAGGACACCCCCCAAAUCCAAGAGGGUGAGACCCCAGAGCAGGAUCAGGACACUCCCCAAAUCCAAGAGGGUGAGACCCCAGAGCAGGAUCAGGGCACCCCUCAAAUCCAAGAGGGUGAGACCCCAGAGCAGGACCAGGACACCCCUUGGGGUCACGGGGCUGAAGCACCAGGAGGGGAUCCAGAGGGAGGGGAGAUCCUGGACACUGCGACCCCAGAGCAGGACAGAGACACCUGUGAGGCUGAAGAGGCUGAAGAGGCAACCAAACAGGACCCAAAAACCCACCAGACCCCAGAAACUGAGGCACCAGGAGAGGGUUCAAAGCACCAUCAGAGCCCAGAGGCAGCAAAGCAGGACCUGAAUCCUCCCUCUGAGACACGAGGACAAGACCCCCAGAGGGUCUGUGAGGCCCCUUGGAAAGCCCCCAACCCUGGGCAGACCCCGGAGCUGCUGCCCCCACAGUGGGGUGCAAGCCCCCAGCAGGAUGCCAAGGCCCAGGGAACACCCCACGAGCCAGACUGGCAUCGAAUCCCCGGAUCCAAAGCGCUGGGGACGGAGCACAGCCAGGGACCCUAUAAAAGCAGCCGGGUCCUGCCCUGGCCCCGCACGGCUCCUCGGGAAUCCCGCUCGGUCCCGCCGCUGGCUUGGGUGAGUCCCUCCCUCUGA